ACAACUUUGGAUGCCGGCUGCCGUGAAUCCUCAAAAGAAGAAGAAGUAGCAAGCUGAGCACAGGUGAUCAUGCUAAAGAAGUUAGCAUUAUCACUAAUGAAUUUUUUUAUUGUCACUGCUGGUGGUAUGCGCAGAUAUAACUGUGGUGGGCAUGUCAUCGUAUGUGACAUAUAAAGAUUGUGGGAUCUGCCGGAUUGAGGGAAAAGGAAUGGAAAAGAUGACUCUCUACUUGUCAUCAGUUCCUGCUUUAACACUUUCAGAUAGAGACUGAAAGGAAGCAAAAGGCAUCUUCUGGCAUUCGGACAAGAAGUCCAAAACUCCAAGCCAGACUACAUAAAGCAGAGAAAUAUGGCUUUCUUGGACAAUCCAGGAAUUAUUCUGGCACACAUCAGACAGUCUCAUGUGACAAGUGAUGACACGGGAAUGUGUGAGAUGGUACUAAUCGACCAGGAUGUGGAUUUGGAGAAGUGCCAGGUGUCUCUGGUAACCAGCAGCAGCUGUGGGUCAACGGGGUCAAGCUCCCAGAGUGAUGGGGGCAGCAGUGUGACGGACAAUCAUGCCUGUGACCUUUCUCAGUCCAUGGACAUUACCUCAAGUUGGGACUUUGGCAUCCGCCGGCGUUCCAAUACAGCCCAAAGACUUGAAAGGCUAAGAAAAGAGAGGCAAAACCAAAUCAAAUGUAAAAACAUUCAGUGGAAAGAGAGGACAUCCUCACAAUCAGUGGAGGAUCUGGGAUCUCUGUUUGAAAAACGUGACUUCAAAGACAGGCUGCGAACAACAGGUAUCAAGUCCACCCUCUCGCUGCGACUGGAGCAAUGUCCCCAGCAGCUCAACAACCCCUUUAAUGAAUACUCCAAAUUUGAUGGCAAGGGCCACGUUGGCACAACAGCCACAAAAAAGAUUGAUGUCUACCUCUCAAUGCAGCUGGCUCAGGAGAAAAUACAUCCCAUGACAGUAGUGACCAUUGCCAAUGCUCGUGUUCACGACCUCAUUGGGCUCAUCUGUUGGCAGUAUACGAGCGAGGGUCGAGAACCUAAACUCAAUGAGGAUGUCAAUGCCUACUGCCUCCACAUUGCAGAGGAUGAUGGAGAGGUGGAUACUGAUUUCCCACCACUGGACUCCAAUGAGCCAAUUCACAAGUUUGGUUUCAGUACCCUGGCCCUGGUGGAAAAAUACUCCUCACCUGGCCUUGCUUCCAGACAGUCUCUCUUUGUCAGAAUAAAUGCUGCUCACGGUUUCUCUCUCAUCCCUGUGGACAGCAUGAAAGUAACAAUGAAGGAUAUUCUCCAGAAAGCACUCAGGAAAAGAAAAGGCUCACAGAAAGACUCAGGGCCAAUGUAUCGUCUGGAGAAGCAGACAGAGCCUAAUGUUGCAGUAGACCUGGAGUCCACACUGGAGAGCCAGAACACCCUGGAGUUCUGUCUGGUCCGGGAAAAUAGUUCCAGGGGUGAGGAGAGCUCAGAGGAAGACCCUCCUAUUGAUAUUACUACAGUACAAGACAUGCUGAGCAGCCACCACUAUAAGUCCUUCAAGAUCAGUAUGAUCCACAAGCUGAGAUUCACCACAGAUGUCCAGCUAGGCAUUUCAGGUGAGAAAGUGGAGAUCGAUCCUGUCACUAAUCAGAAGGCCAGUAUUAAGUUCCUAAUUCGGCAGAAACCCAUCUCCAUCGACUCGGACCACCUCUGUGCCUGUGACCUUGUAGAGGAAAGAAGCCCCAGUCAUGCAAUAUUUAAACUCACUUAUUUGAGCAACCAUGAAUACAAGCACCUCUUCUUUGAGUCUGAUGCUGCUACUGUCAAUGAAAUAGUGCUAAAGGUGAAUUACAUCCUGGAGUCCCGUGCCAGCACCUCUCGAGCUGAUUAUUUUGCCCAGAAGCAGCGAAAACUGAACCGCCGGACCAGCUUCAGUUUUCAAAAGGAAAAGAAGUCUGGUCAGUAGAAAGAAUGAGGCUGCUUCGACUAUAAACAAGGCCAAGAGUCAGGGAAGACCAAGAAAAUGAAAUGGAGCAGCAGUAAAAUAUAGACAAUAGAGACACAUCCCUGCUCUAGAGGAAACAUGACGAAGUAAAGAGAAUCCACAAAUGAAACCGCACUAAUUUUCUUUCUUUAUUUUAAUUUAAAUUUUAUUUUAGUUUUUUUAAUAUAUAUACAAAAGUAAAAAGAAGACGUGUGGGACAGAGCUGUGGUUGUACUUUUGCUGUUUAUGCUCAUUCAUUGUCUCGAAAUUCUGGCCUCUAGGACAGAUCUGUACAGCUUCAGUGUGAUGGUUGUGUACAUCCAACAGAAAAGAACUUGCUAUGUGGUAAAUGUUGGCUUCUGUUCUCAAGCUUCAUGAACUUUAACAUGUGCGAAGAAACCUUUUACAUUUUUUAUGUUUUGUAGAUAGACUUUUUAAGAUUAGGAAAUGAAUUGAUAAGAACAACAAUAGUCCAUGUGGGUUUUUAAAAUACUCACCUGCCAUGAACUCAGAUCCUGAAUCAAACAUCAUCUGCAUCAUUAAAGCAGCAGUUUGGUAACUGGUGAUUUAUUACAUGCAUUUAAAGUUAAAGUGUAUGCUGUGUAAAACAAAAAACAUUAUUUGCAUAAUAAACCACUUUAACAAAAACUAAA